GUGGAAAACACGCUCCACAGGCUGGCUGGAGGACUGGCUGGUAUCAAGUGUUUUCGUUUUUCCACAGACAUCUCUAGGGAAGAGUACGCUCGAGAGUGACGCUGGCUAACGAGCAGCGGAGUCUCGGAUACGGGAGCGAGAGAAAAAUCUGUAUUUGGUUGGCAAUUGAGCGUCCCAUGUUCUGGUUUGUGCGAUAAUUGUAGCACAGCUAGUCGGCCAGAAUAUUCGUCACGAGUAGUCGUAGUGCUAAAUUGCGUGCCCUUGCUUGCUACAAUAUUUGGUGUGUUUUAAUCGUGUAUUCAACAGUCGGGUGGUUUUAGUGUAUAGCGAAACAAGGCCUAGGCAUUUUAAGCGAACCAAACGAGACACCAGUUUUAUACGCAAAAGGAUUACCAAAAGGAUAGUCUUCAACAAAAGGAAUAACGCGUACCGGAGGGAGCAAACCACAAGGAACGGAAACGCGGAGCGUACAUUGAGGCAGGAGCCAGUGCUUUCCUACAAUCCUGCCGAUUCUGAUUUGUGUUGAGAGGCUUUACAAAUUUGCGCUAGACAACCGGCGAUUCAUUCAUUUUAACGCGAUCAGGGCAGCCAGCCGCAGUAACUAUUCCGUCACAAUGCGCGUGGAAAUGAAUCUGGACGUUCAGCACUGUCAUGAUGAUAUCGAUACGAAAAUAGCAGAAUUCAAACAAGAUGCAGACAAAAUGAGCGAACUGAAUCUAUUCCUCGACAGUGUACUGGAAGAGGCACAGAAAAAUGCGGAAAUAAAGCUACAAAGCAAACUGGAGGAAGAUCGACCUAAAAAUGGCAACAAACUUCUUAGUGGCAUCAAGCAACAUCGAAUGGUGACACGCACUAGAGGGAUUGUUUUACGAAUCUUCGAAGCUAUUUGCAACUGUACGAACUCCGCCACCAUUCCAGGGCAACGGCCAGCAACAGCACCGGCAAACGUUGGAGCCACUUCCAAAAACUGAACAUCUCCAGCUAUCUUCUAACUGUCUACCUACUUAUACCUACAUCUACUGCAACAAAAGAGCUGAUGGCUUUAAAUGCCGAUAUAUGAAUGUGUUUUAGGUUUUGUUGUAAUCUAGCGGAAAGUAAUAGUAAUUGGGAUUGCAUUCGUGCUGAAUCAUACUUUAUUGACGUUGUGUUGUCGGUUAUCGUUUUUUUUUUUACCUACUUUUCAAUAUAUACACGUACAAUAUUAACCUGAUCGUAAACAAAAGUUCAUAUAAUUGAACAAGGUGACUGUUGCAUAUACUAACCGUAAUGAAAAAUUGUGUAAAAAACAAAAUACCAUUUACAUCAUCAACGCCAUAUCCUUUUUGAUAUGGAUUCUUAGAGCGAAUCAAAACGUAUACAUGAACUACAAUCCCACCAGAUCAUUACAUUCCCCACCAAAGAAUCUCCGGCCUUGCAAACAUUCCGAACUAUCCAAUCUACAUUCUACUUUUUAACGAUUUCUAAUGAAAGGUUUCAACAACAGAGCGUCUUUUUUAACAAUACAGCAUACAGAAUAAAAUUUAUUACAAUCCUUAGAAAAUCUACAGUGCGGGCAAUAUUACCGACCGCUUUAUAAAAAUACGUCUGUCGCGGGUUCGGAUACCGUUUGUUUUCGAAAAUCAAAUCCAAAGAUGAGCUAAGUUAGCUACUAAGCUACGGCGCACUAAAUUGCCCAAACAUGUAAAGCUCUAUCCUAGUCUCCACAGGAAAAUUUUGAAAAGAAUAUGCUAUGGCUAUCGUAUACAAGUCGUACUAUGUUUCCGGUUGAAAAAAAAACUAGCCAGAAUCAUUACGCUACCAAUGACAAUGAUAUGGCUAUUUGAUAUGAUGUGUGGUAGCCUUACAAAAAAAAAAACAUGUGUAUCUUAAUUAUGUACCGAAUAUCGUUAAUUUUCCACGUCUAGAAAAAAACUGGCCGCAGGUUUAACUUUCAAAUUUAUACGAUUUUCUUUAUCAUUUCUCAUGGUUGACAAUCAAAAUUGUAAGCAAUAUUUUUAAGUGAAACAUAAAUGAACUUUAUUUGUAGCGCCGUUUAUAUGACAGUUUCAAGUUAAAUGAAAAUGGUCUUCAUUAGAAGAGAACACAUUUUAUAGUUGUGUUUUUUGUGCUUCGGUUAAAAAAAGUGUGCUAUUCGACAAUUAUUGAAAAAAAAAAGCAAAACCUUUUGGAAAUUUCUAAUGCAGUAGAUUCUUGUCUGUGUAGUGAAACAAUAAUAAGAAAUGUAUAAAAAAUAAAUUGGAAAA